CAAAAUUUGGGGGAGGAUUCACGGAGAGGGAUUGUUCAAGUGCGCAGGUUGGUCAACUGUUUGGGCAGAGUCUUCAUAAGAAGCGUAGGUCGGUUGAUCGACGACACCAUAGACACUGGGGUGACAAAGACUCCUUUAAUGGGAGAUCUUAUCAGCAUCGUGAUAGUAAGAAGCAUUCAAGAUUUCAUCAAUUUCAGGGAAAAAUUCUAUUUUCAGUGCAUCAAUAUUGAAAGUAAACUCAAGAUAAUGUGGGAAUGGAGCCCAAAUGUUAGGAAUUCUUAUCUGGUUAAGCACUUCGGCAGCUCUAGGGUCCUGGUGCAUAAAUGGGAAGCUCUCAAUAACUGGAAAUAUGUGUAAUCCUUGGAUGAAUUUUAUUUAGGAAAGGUACAUACCUCAUUGCCGUAGUAUCUCCUAAAGUUUCCUAUAUUGUUUGGUUGUACUAUAUUCUGUUUGGAAAGCAAGAAAUUUGGGUAUUUUUGAAGGAAAGCCAAUGUCAAUGCCGCUCCUAACCAAUCAUAUAAAGUUUUUGUGUUAUAAAAAUUUUGUAUCAAUCUAUCCAUGUAAGAUAUUUGAUUUUUUAUGUGUUUCAUUUGGAGUCUUGGUGUUUAAGUUGAUGUAUUUUCUGCUGGUGUAGAUGACGUCCUUAGUGAUGCUUAUGGUGUCUCCUGGUUUUGUGAGAAUACAAAUGUACUGUGGGAGUGGGAGUUUGACUGGGGUACCCCAUACUUACCCCAUUUCCUACCCCAUAUAAAUACCUCCUUUUUACCAUCCCUUUUACCCUCUUUCCAAAAACCCUUCCCCCCUCCCCACUUUUCUUCUCCUUCCCUCUCUCUCUCCUCCAUCUUUUCUUUUCACGCAGCCCCCCUCAUGGCCUCAUCCCCUCCCUUUUUUUUUCUUUUCUCCAAAACUUGAUUUCUUCUCCAUUUCAAGAUCUCUUCCCAUUAAGUCUUCUCAUUUUUACAAUCUUUUCUCCCUCCAAGCUUCUUCUCUUGCUUCUCUCCUCUUCUGCCUUUUUUUUCGUUUCAAAUGGAAGAACUACAAUAAUCGGACGAAGGGGAGAAGCUCGGUGACGUGGGGAGUUGUGUCUAAGGUAUUCACUUCAAGAUGAUGAAUGACUUCAAAUGUUAGGCUGAAAAAGAGUUCCAAGCGGACGCUAAUUCAUUUACAAAAAUUAUACCAAGUGUGACUUCUUUUGCAAUGGAGAAAUAAAUGCAAGGAUGGUGAAGUAUAUAGUGUUGGGGGAAUGUUUCCGUUUUGAACUUGUGAUUUUUUGAAAAUGUAUUUUUUUCAUAUUACAGUUGGGA